GCACCACGUCCCCGUUCUCGCCAUCAUGGUAUUUGUGACCCUCAAGUACAUCAUCAUCGGCGACUCGGAAGUGGGCAAGAGCUCGCUCCUCCUGCAGUUCACGGAACAGACGUUUGCAGGCAUCCAUGACCUCACGAUCGGUGUUGAGUUUGGAGCCAAGCUCCUCGACUUGAACAACCGCAAGGUGAAGCUCGAAAUUUGGGACACCGCCGGCCAAGAAACGUUCUUGUCCAUCACCCGAUCGUACUACCGCGGCGCGGAUGGCGUGCUGCUGGUGUACGACAUUGGCAAACGAUCUAGCUUCGAGCAUCUGUGUCGGUGGUUGCAAGAAUGCCAGCAGAACUGUAUGAACCCAAGCUUGGAGAUCAUGGUCGUGGGCAUGAAGGCAGACAUCACAGAGGACCUGCGGCAGGUGAGCUACGACGAAGCAGCAUCGUGGUCCGCCCGUCACGGCCUUCACUUCAUCGAAGCGUCGGCGAAGACCGCAUUGAACGUCGAAACAGUGUUUGUCGAGAGCGCCACCACGAUCCUGCACCACUUUGACGAGUCCAAUCAAGCUCGCAUGCAAGAAACCAGUCGCAAAGUCCAGCUCACCAACCCCGUCGUCCCAGCUCACGUUCCCACAAACGAAUGUUGUUCCCAAGCCUAGCCAGUAUAAUGCUAUAGGAAUUGAUCCCUAAGGCGAAGCCCAGCGUUACUGGCACCGUUAACGUACACAUAAACUUCUCGUGUUGCCAUAAUGUUAUUCGGGUUAACUAUGU